AUGGUGUUGAGAGCCACGCUCACCCUGUUGGCAGUGGCCCUCCUUGCGCCGGUGCUCUACGAGCGGGCGCAGAUCCUGUACCUCUUUUGGCGCAAUGCGCCCGUGAGAUUCACCCGCAUAGACAAUCUCGGGUCGCACGAUAUCAAGUUCGCCGAUCGUAUCCGCAGCUGUGAGGAUGCGCUGCUAGUCGAGUCGCAGGGCCUCGCGAUUCUCGGUUGCGACCCGGGCCGCGAAAGAUGGAAUACCGUCAUGGGCGUCUUUCUCCCGGGACCCGUACCCAGCGCUGAGCUGUACGCAUAUGACUACAAGAAAACGAAUGCGCCCGAGUCUGAGUCCCUGCGACGUCUGGAGUUUGUGGAUUUUGAGUAUGAGGCCGAUUUUCACACCCUGGGCAUGGCAUACGACGAAGCAUCGUCCACCCUCUUCGCCACGAGCCAUCGCCAGGAUAAGCCCACCAUUGAGAUGUUCAAGUUGGACUUGACUGCGUACACAGCAACCCACCUCCGCUCCAUCCAGCAUGACCUCCUCCACGGCCCGAAUGCUAUUGCCGUGAUCAACAGCCAUGAGUUCUACGUCACGAACAACAACCACUUCCUCGUCAAGAACCACCCGACUCUCAACCAUCUGGAGACAUAUCUCGGUGUGCCCGGCGGAACCGUAGUCCACAUUGACGUCUCGCCCGCCCUCAAAAGCCCAGCCGGCCCGGUGCAAGCCAACGUGGUGGCACGCGUGCCCUUUGCGAAUGGCAUCGACAUUCUCAACGAGACCACCGUCGUCGUCGCCUCGUCCAGCCGGGCAGCGGUAUAUUUCUUCUCCAUUGGCCCCAAAUCCGACUCUUUGUCAUCCACACCCACGCCGGUCCUCACCUAUAGCUCGCAGCUGCGCGUGCCCUUCCUGGCCGACAACCUCUCGGUCACGAAGGACGGUACCCUGAUGAUCGCAGGCCACCCCCACAUGCCGACGCUAGGCAAGUUCGCGCAGACGCGUAAUGUGUGUAAUGGCCCCGAGGACGAGCUGACGCGCGCGGCUCCCGAGAUGCGCGAAUACUGCGCCAAGUCCUCGGCGCCGUCCUGGGUAUCUGAGUGGACCGAGGCGGGAGGCCUGAAGCACCUUUACGCCGACGUGCGCUACCCGUCCAGCUGCACGGCGGUGCGGGAUUCCGAGAGGAAUGUCGGCAUCAUCACCGGGCUGUAUGCCAAGGGGAUCCUCGUGUACUGA